AUGGAUUAUAUCGUCUGGAAUGAUCAUAAUGAGAAGCCUCGUCCCGUGGGAUGGAAGCACAUGACAGAUAACUGGUGGCAAUUUGUCCUCAUCGGCUUGCUACUGGGUAGCGUAGUACUUGGAUGUUCAUACCUCCUCUACGCAGGUCUGUCAAGAGCUCGCAAAUGGUACAAGUCCCGAGCACAAUCAGCAGUUGUGCCCAAAAAUGUCUCUGAUAGGCUGGACCAACUAUCAAGGCAGCAACUGUCCUUGCCCAAUGUCCAGUUGGCAAAGAAGCCGUCGUCUUUCGGCGUCUACUUGGGCUCUUUCGCUGCAUCCCCAACCAGGGAUCAGUUAAGGCUGCUGAGUCAAUGGGAUCUGUUGAUCGUUGACCCCUCGCAGUCCGGUGUAGUCGAGGCCAUCUCGCUGGUCGAGAGGAAGCAGUUUCUGGGCCGAGUAGACCUCGGUUCUGGCUCAGUGUCGACCCUGGCGGCCGUCGACCGACUCGAGAGCGCAUUGAACAGGUUCAAUGGCGCCCCGUUCAGCGGCAUCUUACUCGCCAACUGGGAAAGCAGCUUCAACUCAGCCGCCAUCAGGAAACUGGCGGAGGCUCUCCGUGCCGCCGGCCUGCCUGUGUAUCUGGAGACCGCUCCUCCAGACUUCCUCAAGGACCACAAGACUCUGCAGACCGACGCAAUCUCCGGUCUGGUCAUCCGCAAUGCCUCCAUCAUGCCUGAAGGCGAGAAGCGCGACUACUUUCAGAUGAUCAAGAUGCAGCCCACUAUCAAAGCGUUUGUGUCGGAAGCCUGCAUGCGCGACUUUGUGGUCAUGGCCUGGGAGACUGUUGAUGACAACGCUCAGUUGUCCAAUGCGGUCAUUCAGCGAUCUCUCCAGUGGUGCAACUUCUACAGCGCUAUCACCUGGAUCGGUCGACAAGCUGCUUUGCAGGAUGCUUCACUGAACGUCAAGAUUCCCGAACCCCUGUCUGCCUUUAGUUGGUUGAAGGAAGCCGAGAUCAUGAAAGUUCACGACAUCUGGCGCGCCAAUUUGAACAUCCAAGAGAAUGUCGUGGACAGAGACGCAUGGAACAUUCUGCUGCAAUACUUUCCCACUCUGGAGAGCGUGCUCACCUCGUCCGAAAACAAGCCACAGCGCACGGACAGCUCGACGAUCUCGGUUCGUGAUCCACCAGAAUGGGUCGCUCAAGUCAGGUCGCAGGGCAGCCCGCUGUCCAUCUCAAUGGCAGGCGUGGAGUACAAGGAGUUUGGCUGCUUCCCUUUGGGAUCUGAAGCCACCGCCGUUGCCUUUGUCGAGAUCCUCAAGUCCCAACAGCGGCUCAAGUCUCUUGGACUGCUUCACCCAGUUCCUUCUGACAAAAUCCAAAAACUCGGUGGCCUCCUACGAAGAUUCCACGAUAAAUUCGCACAGUCUCACUGGUCCGACAUGCCCAAUCUACCCGCUACCAUCAAGGAACUCGCCAAUUUUGCGUCCCAUGACUCCUUGCGUAUUCAUCUAGGCCUCGAUUCCGGUCUGCGCAAGAGCGCUGAUGUCCGCUUCUGGGCCGUCUACCAGACCGACGCGGACGGCUUCGAAGUGUUUGCCUCGAAAAACGCUCAAGGGCUAGCAGGCACCGUGCUGCACACGUUCCUCUCCGCGAGAGGUUUCCCCCGUCAUGUCUGCUUCGAAGCGGAAGCCGCUUUGGCUGAAUGGUCCAAGGACGUCAACGAAGACAUCGGACUGCCCCGCCGUCUCAUCCAGGAUGUGGAUGCCUUGAGUCCCGAGGAGCGAUUGCUCCUGCUGCAGCACCUUUCGCUGACGGACGCACAGAGUGAGCUUUCAGAGGCUAUCUGCAGGUACAUCCGCAGGCAACUCAUCGAUGCACCGUCCCUGGCGCAGCUCAAGGAACUCAACACCGUCUCGUAUCUCGACGGAUCCCUUCCGCCAGAGGCCUUGAUCAAGACCCGCGUCAACUGGUACCGCGACCAGGGCUGCCGCUAUCCUUCAACAGCGGCAUGUCUUGCCUUGUUCCUGGAGACGGAUGCUAUCUUCACUCGCAUCCUCCGCGAACGCCGCGAGAGUGACCUGGCUCAAAUCACAAACGCCCUGUGUCAGCUUGUCCAAAAAGACCAGAUCGACGUGUAUGCCGAUAUCAUGACGCUCUCCCUCUUUUGCGCAGCCAGAAAAGGUGCCUUUGACGAGAUCUACAUGGAAGUCACGGAUCGCAACCCCCUAUUCAACGACCAGUCCGAUCAAGCGGCCGCGUUCGCCGAGUCGUUUGCUCUUGGGUCGCGCUGCGAAGCCUAUUUUGACCUCUCGCCCAGCGCCUUCGGAAAGUUGCUCUCGGGUCGAUUCAGACGAUACUACAAGGACCGGGAACUGCCCGACUGGAUCAACGGCGCGCCGCAGAUGGCGACCUCUUAUGCCGGUGCGCAGAUCGAUGUCAACCCGGACGACAAGCUCAAACCCAUGCGUGGGUACCAGCGCUUCACCUUCCUCAGUGUCUUUGCUGUUCCCGCCCUGAUCGACAUUCUCCUGCUGACCCUGUAUGGCCGCGGCUUGUACCUCUCCGGCAAGAUGCCCCAAGAGGUCAUGAACAGUGCUUCUAUCGCGCUGAUGAUCUCCCUUCUCCUGUCCGGCGCGGCUGGCACCUGGAUCGCAUGCGGUGGAUCCUACUACCUUAUUUCCAUGGCUUUUUCGGCAACCAACAUGUUUGUCUUUAUCAGACUGAUCGCCUGUUUCGCCUUCACGAUCGCGGUCGGACUGGUCGGCUUCGUCAUCAUGUCUGCCGUCAAAGGCCCAGGUCCUGGCAUCGUCUUUUACCUCUACCUCAUCGCCUUGACUCUCUACUUCACUAUAUUUGCCUGCCUCGCCUGUUUCAGCUACCCCGGCUCCAGGUUCCUUUCUGGACGCAAGGCCAUCUUCGCCUGCAUCCCCGUCCUUUUCAUCUCUCCGAUCGUGACGAACUGGAGUCAUCACGAUGUGGUCAUUUACCUCAUUGUGCUCUACAUCUUCAUUGGGCUGCUGCUGCUCAGUUUGCGGUCUGUCGCCUCCAAAUGGGUCACCUGGUACCAGAACAUCCGACGCACAGACGACACCGAGAUCCGCAAGUGGUAUGUGUCCAAGUAUGGCAACAACGACGAAAAGUGCUUCGGCGGCCUGAGCGAUCCGGCCGUGCUGAAGCUGUCGAGAGAAGCUCUGUAUCGCGAUGUGAUGGCCGACGUGUCCCGCGGGAUCUUCUCCAAGCCGACAAAGGAUCAGCUCGUCCUGGAACUGGCCCGAGACUGGGAAGCGACCAACUUUCUUCUCAACUGGUACUGCCGGUAUGCCGACGUGCCGCGGCCCAUCCCCUUCAGCUCGGGCUGGAACAUCCAGACCAAGGUCGGGUUGGAUGUGCUCCGCAAUUCGCAAAAGGGCCAACGCUUGCACAAUGCGUUUAUGCACUGGCGCCAGUCAAGCCGGGAGAUCGGAUGUGGAGUGCUCUACUUUGUCUUGGCUCUGCUCGAUAAAUGGGUCGAACUCAUUACCGGUAGCCCGAUGGCUGGUUUGCUACAAAUUCCCGAUGAUGACACGCGGUUUGCUGUCGGUUUCGGCCUCGCGUAUUACCUGAUCGGCGCCGUCCUCAUCGACACCAAGGCUCAAGAGCUUCAUGAUCUGAUCGGUGGCCAGGCCAAUCAGGCCGUGGGCACGUCCAAGGAUAUUCGUCCCUCGCAGAAGCGCGCCGUGAGGUUCAAGAGAAAGGUGUACUGGAGGACAUUCUUCAAGUAUCUCAUGUGGCAGGUAUGGAGUCUUGCCUUGUCAACUGCCUUGCUCUGGACGUUCCGGGCAUCAGUUGAUGCGAUGGCGAUGUUCUGCGCCUACGUGCUGUCGUACACCGGCCUGCUGUGGUAUCAAUACACGAAGAUCUUCGCUGGUCCCCAUGCCCUCAAACCAUUGCUUGUCGGUAUCGUCGUUGGUCUGCCCGUUGGUAUCGUCCUUAAGACCUGUGUGCAGGGUUAUUUCAAGAAUUACGGGCAGGUCAUUGGACUGGGAAUAGCCACCUGGACUACCGCUAUCCUCACUCUGCUCACUGCGAAAAUGGGAAUGCCGAAGAAGGUGGACUCGCCAGUCGACCUAGGCAAGACGUUCCACGCCUACACUACCCCGUGGGCGGAUCCCGAAUGGUCUCAGCAGGAACUGCAAACCUUCUUCGAGAGAAUCUCUCUUGUGCCGUCGGACUCGCGACUAAAGCUGGAGCCGGGUAUUCAUCCUGGAAUCGAAGUCAAGUCUCUGCUGCUGUCGCGCAGAGAAGAACCGCGAAUCGAGGAGGCUUUCCCAAAGGCCCAAGAACUGAUUAACCUAGCGCUCGAAGAUUGGGCCAAGGGGGUGAUUUCGAUCGAGCUCGUUCCCUUGGGCGCCCUUGGUCCCGGAAUCCGCGCUUUGAGCUGCCAUACCAAGGACCAGCUGAAAUUGGUCAUUGCUGUCGGACGCGGACUGGACCAGCGCAUCGACGUUAGCAGUAACUGCCAGGUCAUUGCCGAGACUCUGCUUCAUGCAGUAUCCGAAUCUAUGCUGCGGAUGCCUCACGAGUACGCGGUGCUUGCCGAGUCGCUCGUCACCGCGGGCGUGACCGAGACCAUGGCCCGGCAGCUGCGCGAAGAAGCCAACACGCCCGUCGUCGUACGGUGGGCCAAGAAGGAGCUCCUCCGGCAGCUGUGUCUGGGUUUCGAAUGUGACACGCACUGGGAGAAACUGCCCAAGACCAUCCGGAAGGCGUUGCUGGAUCGUUGUGUCGGCAAGCCUUCGCACUUCUCGGACCGCGACAGGCAAUGGCUUCAGGAACAUCUCUGCCGCUUUGACACCAGUGAUCUCGAUGUCCAUGUUGCCCGAUGCAACCUGGGAGCCGCCACCGCCGUCAGUAUUCUUGAUUACGCCCACUACGGCACCGGCGAAGAGGCCCUGGGCAAGGAUUCCGAGACGCCGCUGUUCAUUCCGUACGUGUCCAACAGGCUGCCUGCGGCUCUGGCGUUUAUCAGGGAUCCUCUCCACAACUUCUGGUACUCGGUUGCGUCCGCCAUCAAGUUCAUCAUCAUUGCCUUGAUCGCCGAUCCGGAAUUCCAGAGAGAAUUCGACCAUGUGAUGAAACAACGCGCCCCAAUCAUCCGGGUGCCGUGCGUGUUUAUCCUCAACAUGAUCUGGUCGUACUCGAAGAUCGUGCAGGAUGUCGUUCUGUCAUUCUUCCUCUUCCACGGUCGUGACAACGUCAAGCGUCUGUGGGACGAGACCAAGGGUAUGACCAUCAGCAUCAAGAAAAGCAGGUUCAUGGUCCAGAGUCUCGACGGCACCUUUACCGCCUUCAAGCACGAUGAUGAAGACGGAGGUUUCAAGGUUUAUUACUACAGCGGCGAGCACAAGACCGAACCCGAGGGCACCAAGUCGCUCAAAUACGUCAGCACGUACUCUAAGGACAUGCUUCUUCUCAUCCGGCAAGAGUUCAAGGACGGCAAAGCCAUCAACGAGUUCCACUAUGACUACCGCGCCCCGAACAAGAAGAGUCUCAAGUUAACCCGCGCCUCCGAUACCAGAAUCCCCCUGGGCCGGCGUUGCAUCCGCGGUGACAGCCAUCUACAGAGCGUCCAGUAUAACCGCAAGGGUCUCAUCGAGGCGGGCUCCUACAUGAAAGACGGCAACCUGAUCCGGUUCAAGUAUCACUACCGGAAGAAUCCCCGGUUCGGCGAUGAACUACUUCGCGCAGAGUUUGUGCUCUCGCACAUCACCUGCACCGUCUCCUGGUGUGCGCCUCCCGUGCGGCAUCCCGAGAAGGUCGAGCGCUGGAUCCCUCACUCCAAGGUCACCGAGGCGACGUUUGUCCAGGGCGCCGAUGUCUACGAGGCUCGCUGGCUGUACGACCACAAGUUCCACCCUACCAUCUUCACGACGCUCAACGGGCAGAAGAUCCAGACGCCGCCCAUGAUCGAGCAUGACUUUCUCGGCGUCCUGGCCAAACCCAAGUACACCAGCUUUGUGCAUGACAACCCUCUCUUCUACUGCGACAGUCUCAGCUCGAACACCAUCACCCGCUUCCUGGGCCUCUCCACCAAACGGUUCCCCGUCUCGACCUCGCGGGCCCGCUCUCUGGUCUGGAAGGCGUGGAAGGACCGCGUCGACUUUGACGGCAUCAUCGUCCGUUGGAUGGAUGAGCGGCUGCUGCGCAGAGACAAGACGCUGGCCCCGUACUGGCGCAGCCGGGACCGGGGCGACCUGGCUUCGGCGAAGAAGUACCUGGAUCUGCGCGCGGACACGGUCAUGGCGAGUGCGGACCUCGACGACAACAUCUCCAGCUGGACGCCCAUGGCGAUCAAAGUCAGCGAUCUGCUGAACUUUGGUCCUGGCGGAGAUGCGGUCGUCAACACCCGGUCCAAGGAUUUCGGGUCUGACACGGACAAGUCGCUGCACGUCAUGGCGGCGGAUACGGGCACCUGGCCGAACGAGGGAGGUGGUGUGUCUGCCUGUCGGCGUGAUAUGAUCAACUCCCUGCGGACGAUCAAGUGGCACAUGAUCUGCGAGUCGGCCAACGACUUUGGCAUUCCCAAGCAUCAGACGGAGCAGAACGUGCUCUCGUUGAAGAUGAUUCCCCUCUGGGGGUUGGACUUUUUGACGCCGACGCAUGGUCUCUUUAAGAACAAGCUCGACUCGGAGGUGGAGAACGUCACGUCGGCCAACGAUAUGGAUAUCAAGAUGAACUUUAUUCCGAUCCUGACGGCGUUGGUCAAGGGUGCUCGCGCCAUCGAGCUGUCCAAGGCUGAUAUCCACCAGGCCACGCGGGCACUGGUCAACCUCAACACGUACUUCCAGGACUCGAGGCACUGGACCCAGGUGUGGAAUAGCGAUAUCGUCAAGGAGAGCUGGCGGGAUCUCUGGCUCACGCAGGAGAUGCCCAACACGAUCCCUUCGGCACAGUGGUUCCACACGGAGCUUCCCACCCUGGGGACGCUCGACGUCGCGCUGGAACUGUGGUACCGCUACCUGUUCAUCUUCUCGAUUCCGAUUCCCGAACAGAUCCCCAGCGUGUUCCAGGCCUCGCAUCAUAGUGUCAGUGCGUCGUACGGCGUCGUCUGCAAGAUCAAGCGAAACUGCACCCUGCAGAUCUGGGACCACGCGAUCAGCUGGCGCGAAACCAACCUCUGCCUCUCGUCUGCCCUGUGCAAGCUGUCGCCGUUUGUUCGAAACGCCCUCCUGGGCUUGAUGCGGAUCACCUCCGUCAUUACCCUCCACCAUGCCGACAUCAUCUCGCCGUGUGCCGAUUUCUUCAACCCCGGAUGGGAGGUCGAAAUCGGUACCUGCCAGGGCACGAUCGAGCACCGUAACAUCUUCCGCCGCAAGGUCGACCCCGUCGUCAACGGUAUCACAGACAUGCAGAAGUUCGCUCCCGUCAAGGAGAUCAAGUCGCAGCGCCCGACCGUCACCAUGCUGUCGCACGUGUGGUACGCCAAAGACAUCAAGACCGCCCUCCUGGCCGCCGACAUCAUCAUCAACCAGUGGAAAUUCGACGACUACCAUCUCGACAUCUACGGCGCCAUAGACAAGGCCCCGACGUACUCCACCGAGUGCCAGGAGAUCAUCGCCUCCAAGGGCCUCCGAGGCCGCGUCACCCUCCGCGGCAGCGCCGACCCCAUGAAAGUCCUCGAAAACACCUGGCUCUUCCUCAACUCCUCUCUCUCCGAAGGUCUCCCCCUCGCCCUCGGCGAAGCCGCCCUCACCGGCGCGCCCGUCGUCUGCACCGACGUCGGCGCCUCCCUCCGUGUCCUCAGCGACCCAGACGACUUCUCCCGCUUCAGCGCGGUCGUCGCCCCCAACGACGCCCUCGCCCUCGCCCGCGCUCAAAUCACCAUGCUCGCCCUCCUCGGCGAAUGGUCCCAAUACGCAGACGACACCGAGCCCGCCCCCGUCCUCACCUCCUCGCCUACCCCCGAAGACGUCGCAAAGAUCACCCGCCGCAUGUACGAGAAGUCCGAACACCGCCGCAAACUAGGCAUGAUGACCCGCAACAUCGUCCAGAAGUCCUUCUCCGGCGACCGCUACCUCCGCGAACACGAGCAGAUGCUCUGGAUCGGCAAGGCCGUCAAGACAAUGGCUGUUCGCGCCGCUGCUGGUGCCCCCGGCAAUGCCCUAGCCGAUCCUAUCGAUAUCACCGAAGCGCUCCAGACUGCAGACCCCAUCGAGGAAGAAGUCAUCACCAUUCCGCAGUCCGCCGUGCACUCCUGGCGCUCGUCUGCGGCGUCAGGGAUGUCAACCCUCUACUCCACUGUCUCGGGCUACCCCAUGCUCCCGCUCACCCGCCCAGCCUCUAUCCGCUCGUCGUUCAGUAACUUCUCCGCAGCCACAGACUCAGACUCCUUCAUGGGCCUGCCUGGCAACGCAUCCCUCCCCGUCUUUGCCCCGCGGCAGACCCUCUCCUUCGACGCUGGAGGAGCAGUUACUCCCACGGGACGGCUCUCGCCAUCAGGCCGUCUCUCCCCGGCGUUUAGUCGGCACAGACACUCGCAUGCGCGGUCGAUCUCCACGCUUGGCCGCGAGCAACUGCGUGGUCUGCAGCGCGAGGAACCGCAUCCGUACCGUAAUUCGGAUGUUAGUUUGCAUAUGCGGGAGGAGUUUAUGCAGUCGAGUAUUUUCAAGUCGUUGGACGGAAAUGGCAAUGGCAAUGGCGGUAAAGUCUGA